UCCUUCCCGGGGCUUCGAGGAGAAACGGGCGGUCUGGGAGAGUGCCACCGUGGUGCCUGACAACAAACAGCAGGCCUCCAGUGACUAUGCUUGCUCCUUCCUGCCUCCACCCCCUCAAGAUGUGCUUUUGGGGGGAAACAAUGGCUCUGGUCUGGUGAAGGAUCCAUGCUACUUGGCUGGCCCUGGACCCAGGAGUGAAGAGAAGGAAGCAGUGGGCAUGUUGGUCAACUGCCCUGCCUACUACAGCGUGUCGGCUCCCAAGGCUGAGCUUCUGAACAAAAUCAAACAUAUGCCAGAGGAGAUGAGUGAGGAAGAGGAGCAGGUGGAUGUCAAUGAAAAGAAGGCCGAGCUGAUUGGAAGCCUCACCCACAAGCUUGAGACUCUGCAGGAAGCCAAGGGGAGCCUGCUAAUGGACAUCAAGCUCAAUAACGCCUUGGGAGAAGAGGUGGAGGCUUUGAUCAGUGAGCUCUGCAAGCCCAACGAGUUUGACAAGUACAAGAUGUUCAUCGGAGACCUGGACAAGGUGGUCAGCCUGCUGCUCUCCCUCUCGGGGCGCCUGGCCCGCGUGGAGAACGCCCUCAGCGGUCUUGGUGAAGAUGCCAGUAAAGAAGAAAGGAGCUCUCUGAACGAGAAGAGGAAGGUCCUGGCGGGGCAGCACGAGGAUGCCCGGGAGCUCAAGGAGAACCUGGACCGGAGGGAGCGCGUGGUGCUGGACAUCCUGGGCAGUUACCUUUCGGAGGAGCAACUCCAGGAUUACCAGCAUUUUGUGAAAAUGAAGUCAACACUCCUCAUUGAGCAGCGAAAGCUGGACGACAAGAUCAAACUGGGCCAGGAGCAGGUCAAGUGCCUGCUGGAGAGUCUCCCCGUGGAUUUCAUCCCCAAGGCGGGCACCCUGGCGCUACCCCCGGACCUCACGGGUGAAAUGACUCCUGUGGGGGGAUGUAUUUCCAGUGGUGUUUUCCCAGCAGUAACCUCUCCACUCUAACCUCUUCUGAAACGCCCAACCGAAAGAUCACCCUUUCUGUCAACACUAUUUAAUCUGAAAAACGUUGCAGUACAAACCACUGUUUAAACUCUAUGGGUUUGGGGGGUUUUCUGGAUAAAAGGAAAAGAUUCUAUCCAGGAAAAAGCCUGUAUUUUCCUUCUCACCCUUCAUGAUUGAUCUGACAGCUUGAAUGCUGCUGGGAACUUAGCCCUUUCUGUUGUUACUUUGCAAUAGAAAGAAAAUUAAUGAAACUGUGAGAACUGAUGGGAGGGUGUUUGAUGAUUUAGUUUCCAACAGGCUUAGGCAACAGGGAUCAGUGUGUGUCACCCUCAGGAAUGUACCCACCGUGACCUGCCUUUGUGUGGGCCAUGCAUCCUGACGACAGGUACA